UCCUUCGGCGUCCCGGUAGCCGCAGCAGCCGAGCACCGAGCAGCCUGGCCGCCGCGGCUGCCACGCCACCAAACUUUCCCUGGAGCCUGCGCCGGGAGUGAGCCAUAGCUGGAGGCUGCUCUUGUGCCAAUGACCCUUCUCAAUUCCUCCAACGUCACAGGAGAUAGCAUGUGUGAAGGGAACAAUACCACCAUGGCCAGCCCCCAACUGCUGCCCCUGGUGUUGGUCCUGAGCACCAUCUCCUUGGUCACAGUGGUGCUCAACCUGCUGGUCCUGUAUGCUGUGCGGAGUGAGCGGAAGCUGCACACUGUGGGGAACCUCUAUAUCAUCAGCCUCUCAGUGGCAGACCUGAUUGUGGGAGCUGUUGUCAUGCCCAUGAACAUCCUCUACCUCCGCAUGUCCAAGUGGUCCCUGGGCUGGCCGCUGUGCCUCUUUUGGCUUUCCAUGGACUAUGUGGCCAGCACAGCAUCCAUUUUCAGUGUCUUCAUCUUAUGCAUUGAUCGCUACCGCUCUGUCCAGCAGCCCCUCAGAUACCUGAAGUAUCGCACCAAGGCCCGAGCAUCAGUCACCAUCUUUGGGGCCUGGUUUCUCUCGUUCCUGUGGGUUAUUCCCAUUGUGGGCUGGAAGUACUUCAUGCCUCAUACCCUAGGGCGCCGGAAGGACAAGUGUGAGACAGACUUCUACAGUGUCACCUGGUUCAAGAUCAUGACCGCCCUCAUCAACUUCUACCUGCCCACCUUGCUCAUGCUCUGGUUCUAUGCCAAGAUCUACAAGGCUGUACGGCAGCACUGUCAGCAUCGGGAACUCAUCAACGGAUCCCUCCCUUCUUUCUCUGAAAUUAAGCUGAAGCUAGAGAAGCCCAAGAAACCAGGGAAGGGGUCUCCAUGGGAGUUUCUGAAAAGGAAACCAAAAGAUACUGGUGGUGGACCUGUCCUGAAACUACCACCCCAAGACCCAAAGGAGAUGAAGUCCCCAAGUGUCUGCAGCCAAGAGGAGGGUGAAGAAGUGGACAAACCCCACUGCUUCCCACUUAACAUUGUGCAAACAAAGACAGAGGCAGAGGAGAGUGGCAGAGGCUACAUCACCAUCAACCAGAGCCAGAGCCAGAGCCAGCUCGAGAUCGAGGAGCAGGACCUGAACAUGCAUGGGGCCAGCGAGAUGUCAGAGGAUCAGAUCCUAGGUGAUAGCCAGUCCUUCUCCCCGACAGACUCAGACACCCCCACAGAGCCAGCAUCGGGGAAAGGCAAACCAAGAAGUGAGUCUAGCACAGGCCUGGAUUACAUCAAGUUCACUUGGAAGAGGCUCCGUUCACAUUCCAGACAGUAUGUGUCUGGGUUGCACAUGAACCGAGAACGGAAGGCCGCCAAGCAAUUGGGUUUUAUCAUGGCAGCCUUCAUCCUUUGCUGGUUUCCAUACUUCGUCUUCUUCCUGGUCGUUGCUUUCUGCAAGAGCUGUUGCAAUGAACAUGUACACAUGUUCACCAUCUGGCUGGGCUACAUCAACUCCACGCUGAACCCCCUCAUCUACCCUUUGUGCAAUGAGAACUUCAAGAAGACAUUCAAGAAAAUUCUGCACAUUCGCACCUAAGGGAGGCUAGAGGGGAUGCAACGAAGGGAUGCUUAGGAUGUUGCUGAAGGAAAUGGAAGGUGAAGGCCUGUGAGUUGCCAGGUACCUGGGCUUUCUGGAGUCAGAAGAAUAGUUUUAGAGGCUGGGGCACCACUGGAAGAACAGCUGAUGGCAGUGGUCUGCAGAGAUUGUACUCUUGAGUCGAAAGCUGGCUAUUUCCAAGAGAAUUGUAACUGGAUGAGCGCUCCUGCAACUCAGGAAAUGUGGGAACCUCAGGCUCCCAUUGUAAUUCGAGCUUCCAGACUAAAUUAAUUGGCAGUUGAGGGGACGCAUGGGUAGAGUUCCACUGGAGAAUUAGACAGAACUCUUGAGCCUUUCUGGAGUAAAGCUCUAUUACUGUGCAGAGACCUGACACAUGCAGACAGAUGCCAUCUCCUUCCAGGGGUCACCUUGAGAGGCAUAACAGCUAUUUCACUGUGACUGCCUCUUCUCAGAACACCUCUCUUCUGAUCCUCUUUUACAGCUUUCUCCAGAACCAAUAUCUGAACCACCCUAGAAAUUCUGCCUUAUUAUUUCCCACUCACGCAUGUCUCAGAGUUGAUAGGAAAUUAUGCAGCUUGCACACCCAUUGUUUUUAACCCCAAAUUCCUUUUAGCUAUUAACAAGUGAUGAUAAAAGCUGCCCUCAAAAGAAAUAGAAAAAGAAUUUUUUUAAUUGUUGUCCAUUAAAAAGAAAACGAGGAGAAGAAAGCCAUGUUUCUUGAGGGUUGUGCCAGGAUUAUCUUAUUUGAGCCCCACAACACCCCACAAGAGGAGGAUGGUGUUGCUAAAGAAGCAAAUUGGGUACAGCAAGAUGAAAUAAGGUGUCUAAGAUCACAUAGCUGUUUAUGUGAGAGAGCUAGAAUGAAAACCCUGUGGGGUUCCAGCUCAUUAUAUCUCAUUUUCUCCAAAAGGCAAAAAUUUGUCCUGUUAAGUACACACACACACACACACACACAGAGAGAGAGAGAGAGAGAGAGAGAGAGAGAGAGAGAGAGAGAGAGAGAGAGAGUUCCUGAGAGUGGUAGCAAUUCUCAAAAGAAUAUGUUGAGAGGAGAAACAGCUGACAGAAUAUGUCUGCAGCCAUGGAAGGUGACACUUUGAAGGGACAGUAUGCUAUUUUUCUGUGAAUUGUGCUGUUUGUCUAAAAGUGGUCAUGUUCUUUUAUAGUCAUACCUCUUAAGUGAAAACUAGCAAAGGCAUGGGAACGUACAGUGUUACUUGGUAUUUAUGUUGCCCUCUGAUUGUGAUUUCUUUUUAAAAACUUGAUGGUAAACUGUAAUAUAUGUAGCAAAUAGAGUGCCUGUACAAGCCUGGUAUUUUGUGUCUUGUGUUCUGUUUGCAUGAUCUGUUAAAAUGAGAGAUUUUUUUUUACCUAAAAUAUGAUAUUUGAAACUAUACUGUUACGAGUUUGAUUUAUUUGAUUCUCUGUUCUGAGUCUUUUGGACUGAGAAAAUGUAUUGAAAUGUACUGUCAAAUGUUACAAGAUGUUGUAUAGGGUUUCUCUUUGGUUUCUGAUUGCAUUUGUAAAUAUCUUUAGAAAAGGACUGACUUUUUAUAACUAGCUUCACUCUCACUCUGCUUUGCAUCCCCCAAAGCUCUUCUUGCUGAAAACUGUGGGAGAUAAGCAGACUUUUUCCUGGUUUUAGAAGCUGUGGCUGAUCUGUCUUUAGGUCAGAAGGCCUGUGAAAGCUUUGCUCCCUGCGAUCCCUCAGGACCAAGGAACACCCAAAAAGACCACUCCAGCAGACAAACGGCUAAGUGCCCAUUAUUUAUGUUGAUGAACAGUUGAGGCACAUAGUGAAGGGAAGUGGUUAUGAGCUGUGACUUCGGGUCAAAGAGACCUGGAUUUGAGUCGGACAAGAACAAGAAACGAUCAACAUAAAUUGUCAAAGCAUAAAGAACAAAGUCCAUGUAUUACUGCAUGCAGUAUUUAUGGUGCUCGCAGCAUGUCUAGCACACAGUAGGACUCGUGUAGUUUUCAAACAUACUGAGCAUAUACCACAUACCAAGCUUUGUGCUUUACUGCCAUUAUUAUCUCUUAUAACCUUUACAGCAAUCUCAUAAGGAUGAUUUACGUGUUUUCACAAUUAGGCCAGCUGACGCACAGAGAGGGUAAGGCCCAGAUCUAAGAUCUGAUUCUGGAAUGUGCUUCCUUUCCACGGUAUCAACCCUCUCUUCCUACUCCUGUCUGAAUGAUUGAAUUCAUUUUUGAAUUUGUGAAAGGCAAUGGAAUAUGGUGCAGAGAUAACUCGGCCCCAGCCCAUUUAGCAAAGAAUCAGUGGCUGAUGGUUUGCACAAAGUCCAGAUGAAGCCAGUCUUUCUGCCCUAAAUAUUAAAAUACAUACCUUCUAGGAGAAGGCCGUCAGAGAGACUUUGAUUGUAGAUGAGAACUUGCAACUCAGAAGCUUUUAUGGGCUUAAAGCUGAUCAGCUUAAACCCAAUUCCUUGAAUGACCAAUUUGCCACAUUUACUAAAUGUUGGCUUCAUUUCAACUAUUUACAAAGUUUACAACAAUGCAUAUUGGAUGAGGCUUUUAAGAACACUUUUCUACAAUUGUUGUGAAGUUAUAGUAACCGAUUCUCAUUUUCCCUCAUAGUUACAUAUUGAAGGAGGCUCAGCAUGCUUUGUCCCCAGCUUGCUGCUACUGCAGGGAGGGGAGAAAUAAAGGUAAGGAAACUGAGGGUGAGAGAAGGGAAAAAUGGGUAGAAAUAACAGAAAACUAGGGGAGGCGGGGAGACAGAGGGUCAGAGAGAACAGACCAAGGUGAAGAGAUGGGGAACACCUUGGACAGAAGAGGAAGAGGGGUAGAUGGAUGUGCAGAGGGACAGAAAUGGGGACAGAUUAAGGAGCAGAUGGAAGACAUUAAGAGGCAGACAGAUGGAGGUGUUUGGGGAGAGACAAAGGGAGAAACUGAGGAAUGGGAAGGGAGACAGAAAAGGAAAAGUGGAGUGGCAUAAUAUUAAACACUCGAGAAAAAUCUACACUCAACAACAUAUUCUUAAUUUAUUCAUAAGUUAAAUUUAUUCAAAUGAAGAAUAAACCAUCCUUAGCUUUUGAUAAAUAGAAAAUCCCUUCACAUGCUUCUCUGAAGACAACAUGAAAACCAGUCAACGACUACAUUACAUGAAUCUUUAAAAGCUUGUGAAGUCAUUUCAUCCAAUAGAAAUUGUGAUAAAUCUUAGAGGUUGGUAAUGAUAACCAAGUAUUCAUUCAGAAAAUCCACGAGUUUACAGGUUGUCUAUUUGAUAUAUUGGUCAUUUGGCUACUUGGUUUACAGAAAAUUGCUCGUUACUCUUUUGAAGAUGGGCCUUCCAGGAGGCAGAUUUAAGUCUUAACACAGGGCAAAAAGAUCCAGGAGCUCUCCUGGCUGCAGCGCACUCUAAGUGCUAUAAAGAAACAAUGAUGUUAAGAUCUAACAUGCCAUCAUGUCAUUUCACAAUUUCUUGGAGAUUCAAAGCCUAGGCUGUGUUACAUAUGUUUCCCAUUGUGGGGAGUGUACACUCCGCUCAACUGAGCUACAAGACAAGGGAUGAAGGUAAUAGACCUGAAUGACUGUGUCUUGAAUAAGUGUCAUGGUCUUGUUGCCCUGCUGUGUCUGAGAACAUUCUCUUCCUUUUUAUGGCUCCUGGUCUGGCAUUGUUCUUGAUGUUCCACCAUCUUGUUGCCCCAAAGGUCUGUCUCCCUCAUCCUAGGCAGCAGGGCGGGUCUUCUGCUCUGAGCCUCACCCUAAUUCUCUGAUAACAAGGAGGCCACAUUUGUGACCUGAAUUACCAUCUAUUUGGGAUGUCCAGACCUCAUCUGUCUAUUUAACAAAAAGGUUAUGAACACUUCUUAGGCCAGUCCUUGAGCCAGGCAUUAGGAGAUAAUGGAGAACAAGGUAGACAUGCUUUCCACUCUACAGAGCUACUUCAGGGUUGCAAAUGACAGAAACCAGUUUUGGGAAUGGCUACUUGGGUGUUUUGUGGAAUCCAGUUACAUUUUGGAUGACCUCACCUCAGGAAGGGCUUGAGCCAAGUUGGCCACAAGAACUUCAACAGUCAGAAUUUGAGGAAGUUCCCUCUGGGACCAUUGACCUAUGUAACUUAUUCCUACUCUCUACGAGCAUCGGUUCAAAAGUCCAAAGCUCAGAGUAAAGAAUUGUCCUGUGUCCACCUCAUCUGCAAUCAACUCUGAAAGGAGGUGGGAGGGGCAGGUGGUACAUGUGGUACAAACAUGGCCAGAGGUCCAGCAGUUCCCAGAGAAGCAGGAAAUAUUGUGAGCUGGGCAGAGACUCCAAAAGGUGUUAAUUACAAGGACCUUGAAGUCCAGCAGGAGAAACAAGCUUAUAAAGAACUAACUUCAACUUAGUCUCAUAUAUGCUAAAUAGAGUGAAGCCUAGAGGUGGUGGGUGUCAGGUAUGUCUUCACAUAGGAGGUGACAUCCCAUCCUGUUUUUUUAAUCACAUGUAUUAUAUUCAAUAUAUACAGAAAAAUGCACCCAUUUUAAAUGUAGAAUUCAAUGAGUUUUGACAAAUGUGUACACCCAUGUUGUCCCCGUCUCAAUCAAGAUAAACAGAACAUUUCCAUCACCUCAGAAAGCUCCUCGUGCCUCUCUGCAAUGCCUCCCUUUAUGCCCCAGACAACCACUGAUCUAGCUGGCUUCUAUCACUAUAGAUUAGUUUUGCUGAUUCUAGAACUUUCCAUAAGUGGAAUCAUAUAAUAUGUACUCUUUCCAUCAACAUUUUGUCUAAGAUUCACCCACAUUCCAACUGGAUUUUGAAGACGGAGAAAGGGUUAGACAAGCAGAGGAAGUGCUAGGGUAUUACAGAUGGAGAGAUAAAUAAGCAGUGUGCUUAACACCAGAAGUAGUUUAGUGUGGCCCAAGCAUGCAGUCUGAGGGUGCAGGGGCAGAGGAGGAGCCUGAAAUAGUGGAAAGAGUUGACAUUGUUGAAUUAUACUUGAGCCCUGUGCUCUUGAAAAACAGCAAUGAUUGAGAAAUCCAUCCCAAUGCCAACACACACACUCUUGUUCUUCAGAAAUGGUUUACUGUGGGCCGGCCGAGUGGCGCGUUGGUUAAGAGUUGGCUUGGGACACCAGCUCUGAGCAGCAGG